AAAUCCACUAGUGAUGGACUUCAAUUCUAGCUGCUUCAGUUCCACACUGCUUCUACUGGGUGAGAAACACCCUGUGUGUUAGAGAUAGAGACCUCGACAAAAAUUGGACUACAUUAAAAAAUGUCACUAGCACCUUCACUCCCUCGCUUGCACUCUCCAUUUCUUUGUUGCCCUCUCAAGCUCUCUUCUCCUACAACUUCUUUUUUCUCUUACAAAUCCCAAAGAACUCAACGGUCACCAGUGUCUUAUCCAUGCAUUCGAGCUCUUGAUCUUGAUCAAAACACGGUGGUGGCAAUAACUGUUGGGGUUGCUAGUGUAGCAAUUGGGAUAGGCAUUCCUGUCUUCUAUGAAACCCAAAUUGAUAAUGCUUCAAAGCGAGAUAACACUCAGCCAUGCUUCCCUUGCAAUGGCACCGGUGCACAGAAAUGCAGAUUUUGCCUAGGAACUGGUUCAGUGACAGUAGAGCUUGGUGGGGAUGAGAAGGACGUCUCUCGAUGCAUCAAUUGUGAAGGUGCUGGUUCAUUAACGUGCACCACAUGUCAAGGCAGUGGGAUACAACCUCGAUACCUUGAUCGCAGAGAAUUCAAGGAUGAUGACUGAACCCAAGAAGAAGUAGCAGUGAUUUUGAUUUCAAUACAUUGGAUAAUUAACUCAUUACUAGAGAAACAGGAAGAGAUCCGCAUUUCCUACAUGUGUUUCUAUACACCUAUUUUACCUUCUGUCGAAGUGUUUUUCAUGCCUUUCUGUUGUACAAUUUGAUUAUUGAUAUAACCAUCCACCUUCAUUCUUUUA